ACAUAUACUCUUUUACCUGACCGCCCUUCUAUCUCUGUCUCUUUUAAAAAAAAACAACAACAAAAAUGUCUUCAUCUUACAUCGUUACUUUCAAGAAGGGUACUCCCCAGGAAAUCAUUGACGCUGAGGCCAAGAAGGUCGAGGAGACUGGUGCCACCAUCACUCACCGUUACAACUCUGCCAUCCACGGUUAUGCAGUCAGCGUCCCCGACAGCAUUGUUAGCAGCCUUUCGCUUGCCAACGAGCACGUCGAUGGUGUCGAGGCUGAUGGCGAGGUCUCUACUCUUGGUCAAUCAUUAUUGCAGUAAUAGUUUAUACCCCUUCUAUUACUUUACAAACCUAUUUCCCUCGCCUCAACCCAUACCUUAGGCCUUGAAUCUGCCUUUCUAUCUUUUUUUUUUCAACUCCAACUCUCGAGAUAAAUCACAAAUGUCUUUUAUUUUCUGUCAUUUCUUCUUCUUUUUUUUUAUAUAAAAAAAUCCAUAUCACAGUAUAACGGAUUUUGUAAUAAAUUGUUCCUUACUUUUUUUCUUUUACCUGUACAUGUUUCAAGUUUCAAACAUAUUAUACCACAUUAUAAUAUAUAUACAAG